GGUCGUUGAGCUCUAGGAGGUGCGGAACUUUUUGACGAUGGAGAUAUAUCUUGCUGCCUGGAUUAUUAGGCACGAAACCAUAAUCCUAGUCACUAAAGGACACUCCCAAAAUUAAUUUGAAGUUUAAUGCCAUUUAAUUUCAAGAUGGUUAGUUAAUCUUUUAUCUCUGAUGCCUAUAUCCUUCUCUCUCGCUACCAUAUAUAAUGAGCACUAUCAAUCUAAUUUGAAGCAUAUAUCCAAACACUUCUCACCGCUUCUCCGAAACCGGCAGAAUCGCCUACCCCAGACCGACCGCCCCAUCCUCGACCAAGCAUCACCUACCUUCCCUACCUCUCUCGCCUCCUCAACACCCAGAAACGCCUCAUAACUCCUAGUGCCCGAACCCGCAUCUACAAACAACCACCAGCACUAUUCCCCCACAACCAUCCCCCAUGUCCCCCCGCACCUGCCUCAUAACCCUGGGCGCCACGGCUCCCUUCCCCGCCCUCCUCUCCGCCUCCCUCUGCCCCCCCUUCCUCUCUACGCUCUCAUCACAGGGCUACACAAAUCUCACCCUCCAAUGCGGCGCGGACCUGGUCCCCGCACAGGACUGGAUUACGAAGCUCGCGCCAACACUAGAAAACCUGGGGCUGAGUGUUAGGGCGUUUGGUUUCCAAGGGGGAGGAUUGGGGGAGGAGAUGAGGGAGUGUAAAGCUAAUGAAGGCGAGGGGAGGAGGAGGGGGUGUAUUGUUUCUCAUGCUGGCGCAGGAACAGCUCUCGAUGCCCUCCGCCUCUCCCUCCCACUUAUCCUGGUCCCAAAUCCCGCACUACUCGAUAACCACCAGUUGGAGCUCGCGAAGGAGCUGGAUAGGAUGGGAUAUGCCGUCCACGGCCGUCUAGAGGACCUAAGCGCCGCGCUAAAGGCGAGCGAGGAGCGCGCGUUGAGGGAGUGGAGUGAGACGGGUGGUGGAGGUGGGAGGGGGAACGUGAUGGAUGUUGUGGGGGGUGAGCUGGGCUAUGAGCCCGAGAAGAGGAGAGAAGAGGAUGUUAGGGGGGUAUUGGAUUGAACAGAUGCGUGUGAGGAAGGACUAUUGUGGUACAUGCAGACGCCGGACUACGAUGUCGAGGUGAUGGUGCCUGUCUAUGGCUCCGCAAAGAUAGGGAUCUAUCGAAACGAAACGCCAAGACAGCGUCCUACCAGGACGCUACUCGCAUGGGGCACCGAGAAGCGAUUGGAGGAUAUAAUCGCAGGAGGAGGAGGAAACGUUCAAUAGCAGCUCGCUAGACGUAAGACAUUCGAAACGAAUAUCAGAGU